ACAAAAACAUUAGGAAGAGGGAAAUUGAACAAAGCAUGGCGGACUGUUUAGCGGUUUGAAUUGUUUACAGCAGCUUAACAGAAUACGCGCCCUUCUCACUUCCUUGUACUACAUCUAUUAAUUAUAUAUUGUAGACAUUGAGUGUGACUAUUAGAAAUGGAUGAUACCUUUUCCUUUGGGUUCUGGGGAAAAUCUAGUGAAGAAUUACUGCAUUCAAAAUUUCCGAUGCACCGGGCCUGCCGCGAUGGAGACCUGAGAGUUUUGUCGGAACUAUUGAUGUCUUCUGCCGAGGAUCAGUACGACUUGUUUGCGGAAGACCAGUUUUAUGGCUGGACCCCAGCUCACUGGUCCGCAUAUUAUGGAAAACUUGAGUGUUUACAAAAGCUUGUAUUAGCAGGAAUCAGCUAUGAUGUAGCUACGGAAAGGUUUAACCAAACUCCGACUCACGUUGCUUCGUUCGGCAAUCAACCACAUUGUCUACUCUGGUUACUUCAAAAUGGAACUGUGGUGAAUAGAAGGGACUACUUGGGAGAGACAGCAAUGCACAAGGCGGCUAGGAGUGGCAGUAUAGAGUGUUUGAAGCUACUGCAAUCAUUUGGAGCAAUAUCAAGUGUGCCGAAUAACAAUGGACAUACUGCACUGGACUUAGCAGUGUCCUGCGGCCAUGAGCAGUGUGCUGAGUAUUUACAACAGACCAUGAACAGUGUUGCCGUCCACUCUAAUGGUCAUCCCCUGGCAAACGGUCUGAACAGAGUUCAGGCUGGCGUGUUUGAACAUGUUAAUGGUCAUACAGAUGAAUUUAAUGUCGAUAGUAGCAUGGAUCUACAAGCUAAUGGUCAGAGUUGUUUUUUUAGCCGGAAGAGGACGAUGAUAGACAAUGAUGAAAAUGGAUCAAAGAAGGCAAGAACAGAUGAUUGCCUUACUCCCCUGCAGUUCACAGAUAGCACGGUCCCAGGACAUCCAUUGGCUGCUCAGCCAGCCCCACCACAGGCAGCCAAUGGUAGUGCAGCCAAUGGUAGUAUACCUAACACUAACGGAACCCACGGUCUGUUAGAUGUUAACUGCAACUCAGAAACCAAUGAUAUGCAAGUUGAUAGAAAUGAAGAUGCUAUGUCGAAUGAGAGUCACUUUAUGAAUGGUGUGGACGCCACAUCUGUACAUGGUAACCGUUCCAGCCCAAUUUCUAGUAUGGUUGAACAUCAGAGGUCAGUGGAACAGGCUCAGGGUUACGACAGUGUUAUGUACGAUUCCUUGUACGGAAGCACACCCUUCUGCCAUGCUUAUUGAUGUAGGAUUUUGAUUACUCUUAUCACACUACGUUCGUGUUUGUACACUUUUAGCUUGAUAUGAUAAAAACUUGAACAAGUGGAUUCAAAGGUGGGGAGGGGGGGGCAGCUAUAUUUAUUUAUUUAUUUUAUACAUACUCCUGCUUUGCAUAUGCUGCGCAUUAAAAUGCCAAUUUUUAAGGACUUUAGACUUUCCGCGUUGUUAUGGGAACUGUACUUUAAAGUGAAUUUCUAAGCAGCAAUGGAAGUAAUUGUUCUGCUUCAAUUUUGAAUAUAGUUAUUAAUAGUUUUUUUCUGGACAAUUUUUAAUAUUUUUUUAAUUUUGUUUAUUUUAGAUGCAUUUUGUGAAUACUAGAUUUUGUUUAACUAGAUAAUAUGUUUUUAUUCCCAUAGCUACAAUGAGACUUUGUCUAAUGGACAAUUUAAAUUAUUGUUUACAGUUGUUUUGAAUGUAAUUUAUUAAUAGUAUUUCAGUUAUUUUUUUCUGGACAUUUUUUUAAAUAAUUACGAUUAAUUAAAAUUCACAAAAAAUUAUGUUGAUGCAGACGCGUUUUGUAAAUAUUAGUUUUUUUUUUUAAUAAAAAGUUUGUGUGUGACGCUGUGUUUGCAGUAAAAUCAUGGCAGUUUUAUCGCCAUGAUGAUAAUCACUUUUUUUUAUGCUUGAAAAUUUUGUAAAUUUGUAUAAAAAGCAAGGAACGCCUGAAAAGAUGUUUUUGGAUGAUAAUCUACAUGUAGCUUCUAAGUAAAUUGUGAUUUUAAAUCCAGUAUAAUAUGAUCAAACUGACUAUGGUAUACGACACAUUCCGCUAGGUUGGUCACAUGAUGUAUAGUGGGUAUCAAUUGUAAACAGGCAGCGUGAGUGUUGCUCGGUUAUAGGAAAAUGUGUGGCUUCUUCGGAGUGUAAAGCACAUAUUUGAUGUUGAAGAACGUCAGUUGAAAUGCCAGUAAACUAUAAUAUAUUGAUUGGAUAUUGAACUUGAGAAUUUUUUUUCAUAAUGGUUUGCUAAUGCUCUAAAAGAUACUGGCCACAAACCCUGAGAUUUUUCGAGAAAUGCUAGGCCUAGGCCCCUGCAUCUAUGACCUGUUUGGGUAUGCACAAGAGUCUUCAAUCCGCGAACUGCGAUUUUGACACUACGAUUUCUAGGCUAGCUAAGGUUUACGAAGAAUCACAUAAACUCCAAAGCAUGCAAAGCAUAUUGAACGCUAGAAUAAGUAAAUGAACACUAUAUGUGAACAAUCAUAGUGCCUUUCCUUGGUAGUUAAUUCUCGCGUUAAUAUUGGCGGUUGGUUUACGCUACCAUAACAUUACCCUUUCCUAUUAAAAACACUGAUCGCACUGUAAAUUCUGCAGAGUUAUACCCACUAUAAGGUCAGGUGACGGGCUGUAAACUAGCCUGGAGGAAUGUGUCCACACUGUUUUGUUGUGACAUCUACACUUAAGUUUAGUACUGUAAUUAUAAGGACAAUGAUAUUUAUUUGAAAACAUUUGCACGCAGAGAACGCUAUCUUGUUUAUAAGAUCUUAGGGUAUAAUUAAACACUAUUUUGAACUGUAAAAUUCAUUCAUGCAUUGGAGUUUUUUUUUGUUUUUUUUAAUGUGUAUUAUGUAUCAAUACCGUCUAAAAAUAUGACAGUAAAAUGCUAGAAGAUGCAUAGUGGCGUAUCUAUGAGUAUAAACAUUGGGAAGGGGAAACAAAGGUUAAAAGGUGGGGGAAUGAGGAUUAAGUAAAGGAGGUGCUAGCUGGGAAAUAUUAGGUUAUAAGCAAUUUUUAACUUUAAGUGUAAUCCUUUUGCUCAGCAAAUUUCCAGUAUGAGGCAUCUUGGGAUGCAAGCAUUUCCCCACAUCACCCACACCCCCCCCCCCUUUUGCCACCACCACCACCACUACCCCUAGAACUAUUACUUGCUUAUGUACUUAUCUAUUACAAUAUGUAUUUGAUGAUGUUAUAUAUUUUCGUAAUGUUCAAUUUGUUGCUAGGUUUUUAUUUAUUUAUAUAUUUAUUUAUUGAACAUAUUUAUACAGGAUAACAUAUCAGAAAAGUGUAAUAGCCUGUUUUACAUAAUGGUCCUGUAUUUAAUAAUAAAGUGUAAAUGUUUAAGAUUUUUGUUUUUACCAUGCUCUGCUUUUGUAUACAGUAUAGAGUAAUGUAACAAAAUUUUAGUGCUUUUAUGUAAAAAGUAAAGUAUUAAGACAGCGAAAAUUGUUAAAUACCAUAUUGGACAUAACAGUGAAAGUCUUUCGUCAUCGUAUGAGUUGUACUGAUAUUAAGUACUGUAAAUUUUAGCUGUUUUUUUUUUUUUUUUUUUAAGUGGUGGUUAGAAGUUGUCGUAAGUUGAUCCUUAAUGUGUAACAUCUUGUAUAAAGCCCUGUCCAGACUAUCAAACUUUGUUUCCCAUAUAUAGUCAUGAUGUGCCCAUAUAUAGUCAUGAUGUGCCUAUAUAUGGUCAUGUGAUGACCAUAUUUAGGCAUGUGACAUGUUCUUGUCAGGUCUGGACAGAGCUUAAGAGUUGUCCUAUAAAUAACUUUUGAGUGUGUAUAAGUGUUUACAAACAGACUGCAUCUCAUGCUUAUCAAGUGGUUUGUGAAUAAAAUAUUUUUGUUUAUAUAUGA